CGCUGGAAGAGGGCAGAGAGUCCGCGCCGGGGACAGACUCGCGCUGCCCACGCGUAGGUCCUUUCCGGCAGGCUAGCGGUCUGCCCUCUCGCACCAUGGACGUCCCGAGGCAUGUGGUCAACUUCGGACCGGGGCCCGCCAAGCUGCCACUCUCGGUAUUGUUAGAGAUCCAAAAAGAAUUAUUAGACUACAAAGGCAUUGGGAUUAGUGUUCUUGAAAUGAGCCACAGGUCAUCAGAUUUUGCUAAGAUUCUUAACAACACAGAGAAUCUUGUGCGGGAAUUGCUUGCCGUUCCAGACAACUACAAGGUGAUUUUUGUGCAAGGAGGUGGGUCUGGCCAGUUCAGUGCCGUGCCCUUAAAUCUGAUUGGCCUGAAAGCAGGAAGGUGUGCCGACUAUGUGGUGACAGGAGCUUGGUCAGCUAAAGCAGCAGAAGAAGCCAAGAAGUUUGGAACUGUGAAUAUUGUCCACCCUAAACUUGGGAGUUACACGAAAAUUGUGGACCCAAGCACCUGGACCCUCAACCCGGAUGCCUCCUAUGUGUAUUACUGCGCCAACGAGACUGUGCACGGCGUGGAGUUUGACUUUAUCCCUGAUGUCAGGGGAGCAGUGCUGGUUUGUGAUAUGUCCUCAAACUUCCUAUCCAAGCCAGUGGACGUUUCCAAGUUCGGUGUGAUUUUUGCUGGUGCGCAGAAGAACGUUGGCUCUGCAGGGGUCACAGUGGUGAUCAUCCGCGAUGACCUGCUAGGGUUCGCCCUCAAAGAGUGCCCCUCGAUCCUGGAGUACAAAGUGCAGGCCGGAAACAGCUCCUUGUACAACACACCUCCCUGCUUCAGCAUCUACGUCAUGGGCUUGGUUCUGGAGUGGAUUAAGAACAACGGCGGUGCAGCAGCCAUGGAGAAGCUUAGCUCCAUCAAAUCGCAAAUGAUUUAUGAUAUUAUUGAUAAUUCUCAAGGAUUCUAUGUAUGUCCAGUGGAGCCCCAGAAUAGAAGCAAGAUGAAUAUUCCAUUUCGCAUUGGCAAUGCCAAAGGAGACGAUGCUUUAGAAAAAAGAUUUCUCGAUAAAGCUCUUGAUCUCAAUAUGAUCUCCUUGAAAGGGCAUAGGUCUGUGGGAGGCAUUCGCGCCUCUCUGUAUAAUGCCGUCACAAUCGAGGAUGUUCAGGAGCUGGCAACCUUCAUGAGGAAUUUUUUGGAGAUGCAUCAACUAUGAACACAUCCUCACCAACGUAUACUUUGCCCUUGAACAUGUACAAAAUUUAAAGUAACUUAGCAAUGGCUUCAAAAACUUAAACGUGAUAUUUUUCUCAGAGGAACAUGCUUAUAGAUUUUUCCCCCCUCAAAUAACAGCAGAACAUCCACAGCUCUGCAAAGCUGGUGGGACAUAUCAGACAACUUAAUUUUGACUUAAACUGGAAGCAUUUGAAAUAUCUUCCUUUAGCUUUUCUAACGAUUCUAGUUUAGGUUGUCUUUACUGCUACUUUUUCUAGCUAGA